AUGGCGACGUCGAGGGCCGCUCUCUGCGCUGUUGCGGUUGUGUGCGUGGUGCUUGCGGCUGCCUGCGCACCCGCGCGCGCGAUACACGUGGGCACGCCGGCUGCUGCGCUGUUCGAGGAGUUCAAGCGGACGUACGGGCGCGCGUACGAGACGCUGGCGGAGGAGCAGCAGCGGCUGGCGAACUUCGAGCGCAACCUGGAGCUGAUGCGCGAGCACCAGGCGCGGAACCCCCACGCGCAGUUCGGGAUCACGAAGUUCUUCGACCUGUCGGAGGCGGAGUUCGCCGCGCGCUACCUGAACGGCGCCGCGUACUUCGCAGCGGCGAAGCGGCACGCCGCCCAGCACUACCGCAAGGCGCGCGCGGACCUGUCGGCGGUGCCUGAUGCGGUGGACUGGCGCGAGAAGGGCGCCGUGACGCCGGUGAAGGAUCAGGGUGCGUGCGGGUCGUGCUGGGCGUUCUCGGCGGUCGGCAACAUCGAGGGGCAGUGGUACCUUGCCGGCCACGAGCUGGUGAGCCUGUCGGGGCAGCAGCUGGUGAGCUGCGAUGACAUGAACGAUGGCUGCGACGGCGGGCUGAUGCUGCAGGCGUUCGACUGGCUGCUGCAAAACACGAACGGGCACCUGCACAUCGAGGACAGCUACUCCUACGUGUCCGGCAACGGCUAUGUGCUCGAGUGCUCGAACAGCAGUGAG